AUGGCUUCCAGCCCGCUGCCGGGGCCCAAAGACAUCCUGCUGGCGUCGCCGUCGAGCGCCUUCCAGCCGGAUACACUGAGCCAGCCACGUCCAGGCCACGCCAACCUCAAACCCAACCAGGUGGGCCAGGUGAUCCUCUACGGCAUUCCCAUCGUGUCGCUGGUGAUCGACGGGCAGGAGCGCCUGUGCUUGGCGCAGAUCUCCAACACACUUCUCAAGAAUUUCAGCUACAACGAGAUCCACAACCGUCGCGUGGCACUGGGCAUCACGUGCGUGCAGUGUACGCCGGUGCAGCUGGAGAUACUGCGGCGUGCGGGGGCCAUGCCCAUCUCGUCGCGCCGCUGCGGCAUGAUCACCAAACGCGAGGCAGAGCGUCUGUGCAAGUCAUUCCUGGGCGAAAACAGGCCGCCCAAGCUGCCUGACAACUUCGCUUUCGACGUGUCCCACGAAUGUGCCUGGGGCUGCCGUGGCAGCUUCAUCCCAGCGCGCUACAACAGUUCGCGCGCCAAGUGCAUCAAAUGCAGCUACUGCAAUAUGUACUUCUCUCCCAACAAAUUCAUUUUCCACUCCCACCGCACACCUGACGCCAAGUACACGCAGCCAGACGCAGCCAACUUCAAUUCGUGGCGCCGUCAUCUCAAACUCACUGACAAGAGCCCCCAGGACGAGCUAGUCUUCGCCUGGGAAGACGUCAAGGCCAUGUUCAACGGUGGUAGCCGAAAGCGCGCACUACCCCAGCCGGGCGCACACCCGGCUUGCCACCCGCUCAGCUCCGUCAAGGCUGCCGCAGUGGCAGCUGCGGCCGCCGUGGCUGGGGGUGGUGGACUGUUGGGCCCACACCUGCUGGGCGCACCCCCUCCGCCACCACCACCGCCACCCCUGGCAGAACUGGCAGGCGCACCGCACGCUCAUCACAAGAGGCCGCGCUUCGACGACGACGACGACUCCCUGCAGGAGGCGGCAGUCGUGGCCGCCGCCAGCCUCUCAGCUGCUGCCGCCAGCCUCUCAGUGGCCGCAGCCUCGGGCGGCGCUGGGCCUGGAGGGGGUGGCGCGGGGGGUGGCUGUGUGACCGGCGUCGGCGCCGUCAGCGGGUCAGGUGCUGCGGCUGGUGCCAAAGGACCGCGCAGCUAUCCGGUCAUCCCGGUGCCCAGCAAGGGCUCCUUCGGGGGCGUGCUGCAGAAGUUCCCAGGCUGCGGGAGCCUCUUUCCACAUCCUUACACCUUCCCGGCCGCAGCCGCUGCCUUUGGCUUGUGCCACAAGAAAGAGGACGCGGGCGCCACAGCAGAGGCCCUGGGGGGCGCGGGUACAGGCGGUUCCGGCGCCACGCCCAAGGCCGGCCUGUCUGGCCUCUUCUGGCCGGCAGGCCGAAAAGACGCCUUCUACCCGCCCUUCUGCAUGUUCUGGCCGCCGCGGACCCCCGGCGGGCUUCCAGUACCCACCUACCUACAGCCCCCACCCCAGCCACCCUCGGCGCUAGGCUGCGCGCUUGGUGACAGCCCCGCCCUGCUGCGCCAGGCUUUCCUGGACCUGGCCGAGCCCGGCAGUGCCGGGGGGAACGCUGAGACUGCUCCCCCGCCGGGCCAGCCCCCUCAGGUGGUGGCCAACGGCCCGGGCUCCGGCCCACCGCCCCCUGGUGGAGGCGCCGGCGCUCGAGAUGCGCUCUUCGAGUCGCCCCGGGGCGGCAGUGGCGGGGACUGCAGCGCGGGCUCCACUCCGCCCGCUGACCCCAGCGCCGCGUCCGGGGCUGGGGCCACGGCCCCCGGAGCAGGCCCGGCAGGCUCCCGGGUGUCGGCGCCUCACCACCCGCACCUUCUGGAGGGGCGCAAGACGGGCGGUGGCAGCUACCACCAUUCGAGCGCCUUCCGGCCCGUGGGCGGCAAGGACGACGCCGAGAGCCUGGCCAAGCUGCACGGGGCGUCGGCGGGUGCGCCACACUCGGCCCAACCGCACCACCACCACCAUCAUCACCACCACCAUCCUCACCACCACCACCAUCCCCCGCAGCCGCCGUCGCCGCUACUGCUGCUGCCCCCGCAGCCAGACGAGCCGGGUUCUGAGCGCCACCACCCGGCCCCGCCGCCGCCCCCGCCGCCGCCGCCUCCGCUGGCCCCACAGCCACACCACCGAGGCCUUCUGUCCCCCGGGGGCACCAGCUGCAGCUACCCCAGCGAGGACAGCUCUGAGGACGAAGAGGACGAGGAAGAAGAGCAGGAGGUGGACGUGGAGGGCCACAAGCCCCCAGAGGGCGAGGAAGAGGAGGAGGAGGAAAGUCGAGACCCUGAAGACGACGAGGAGGAAGACGAGGAGACUGGGGUCCUACUAGGAGACCCCUUAGUCGGCAGUGGCCGGUUCCUCCAGGGCCGAGGGCUGUCGGAGAAGGGGAGCAGCCGAGACCGCGCGCCGGCUGCUGCAGGCGCUUUCCCGCUCUCCCUAAACUCCAGGCUGCUACAAGAGGACGGGAAACUGGGUGACCCGGGCAGCUCGGACCUGCCCCCGCCCCCGCCUCCGCCCCUGGCCCCCCAGAAAGCAAAUGCGGGAGGUAGCAGCAGUCCAGACAGCCCAGUCCUUCAUCCAUCACUGGAGGAGCAGCCCUCCUACAAGGAUAGUCAGAAAACUAAGGAAAAUAACCAAGUUAUUGUAUCUACCAAGGAUGACAACAACUUUUCAGAGAAGAACAAGGAGCAUAGCUUUUUCAUCACAGACUCUGAUGCUUCUGGAGGAGAUUUUUGGAGAGACAGAUCAGGUGAACACACACAAGAAACCAAUUCACCUCAUUCACUCAAAAAGGAUGUAGAAAAUAUGGGGAAAGAAGAACUUCAGAAGGUUUUAUUUGAACAAAUAGAUUUGCGGAGACGACUAGAACAAGAAUUUCAAGUGUUAAAAGGGAACACGUCUUUCCCAGUAUUCAAUAAUUUUCAGGAUCAGAUGAAAAGGGAACUAGCCUACCGUGAAGAAAUGGUACAACAGUUACAAAUUAUACCCUAUGCAGCAAGCUUGAUCAGGAAAGAAAAGCUUGGUGCCCAUCUCAGCAAGAGCUAA